GCGCCUGCGCAGUACGGCGGCGGCGUGGUCGGCCAUUGCGCGAGCGAGAGAACUCCAGCUCGCUAACCCAGCGUUCGGUAUACCUGGCGAGGCAAGAGCCGCGCCGUUUAAUGGAUCCGAGGAUCGCCUGGUUUCAGCCAGAGCAGCUCGGACCUGCCCACAAUUUGUGGGUGCACAUCUGGGAGACGACGCAAGGACUGCGGAGUCUGUGUUUGAACAACAACCACCCGGAGGGCAUGUCGGCCAGGGCCCAGGCCGAGCUCGUCGAGCAGCGAGACUUCCUACCGCUCGAGACCAACAACAAUCGCAACCAAAGGCUGUCGGUGAGAGACGGCAUUGGCGCUCCGAACAAGAGGAAAAGAGAGAACAAGGCCAGCACCUUCGGAUUCAACUCAAGCAGCCAGCUGUUGUACGGAACUGACACGGGUGGCGAGCAGCAAGACUUCACCGGGACUCCCUGGAAGAGCAGAAACUAUUCGGAAGGAGUGCUAGGGUUGCAUGAAGAAAUAAUUGACUUCUACAAGUACAUGUCCCCACGUCCUGAAGAAGAGAAAAUGCGGUUAGAAGUUGUGAAGAGAAUAGAAGGGGUCAUUCGUGAGCUUUGGCCAAAUGCUGAUGUUCAGAUAUUUGGAAGUUUCAGCACUGGCCUUUAUUUGCCAACAAGUGAUAUUGAUCUUGUUGUUUUUGGAAAAUGGGAGAAAUUGCCCCUGUGGACAUUGGAGGAGGCUCUGCGAAAGCACAAUGUAGCUGAUGAGAAUUCAGUUAAAGUCCUGGAUAAAGCUACGGUUCCUAUUAUCAAGCUUACAGAUUCUUACACAGAUGUCAAGGUUGACAUCAGCUUUAAUGUCCAAAAUGGGGUAAAAGCUGCACAACUUAUUAAAGAUUUUAUACAGAAGUACCCAGUUCUUCCAUACCUUGUGUUGGUGCUGAAGCAGUUUUUGUUACAAAGAGAUCUGAAUGAAGUCUUCACUGGUGGAAUUGGCUCUUAUAGUCUCUUCCUUAUGGCUGUCAGUUUCUUGCAGAUGCAUUAUAGGAAAGAUGCCACCUGCCCCAAAGCCAACAUUGGUGUUCUUUUAAUAGAGUUCUUUGAACUCUAUGGUAGACAAUUCAAUUACUUGAAAACUGGCAUUCGAAUAAAAGAUGGUGGUUCUUAUGUGUCCAAGGAUGAGGUGCAGAAGAGCAUGGUAGACGGGUAUAGGCCGUCAAUGUUGUAUAUUGAAGACCCCUUACAGCCCGGUAAUGACGUUGGAAGAAGUUCCUAUGGAGCCAUGCAGGUGAAGCAGGCCUUUGACUAUGCGUUCAUUGUCCUUAGUCAUGCCGUUUCUCCAAUUGCCAGAUGUUACCCAAACACUGAAUCUGAAAGCAUUUUAGGACGCAUUAUAAGAGUAACCCAAGAAGUAGUAGAGUACCGGGACUGGAUUACUAAAACAUGGGGUGGUACACCAGUGCCGAGUGGUGCAGCACUUAAUGGUAAUGAUGUAACAUUGUUAGUUGAACCACAGCAGCUUGACAAAUGCAACAACAAUGUCUCAGAAGAGCUAGUUCUAGCAGGGCAAUCAAAAAGCAAGCACUCCUCCAAUUCUUCCUCUGGUUUGCCUUCUUCCUCAUCUUCCUCCACAAUGUCAAGCUCCAGUGAUGCUAAAUCGAGAUUCAUCAGACCAGGCAACAUUUUUCCAGUCUUCAACUGUCCAAUUUUGGACUCUGAUGGAACUCCUUGUAAAACACAGAAGCCUCUCGGUAGCAGACAUUCUAGUCUGAGCAGGGAUACCACAUCCAGUUCACAGACUUUGACAGGGAAGACCCAAGGCAGCUCUCAAGGCACACCUAACAAUAAAUCACAGCACCCAAGACCAUUUCGUUCAACAAGUAAAAGCAUUCAGGAACAGCAAACGCUGAGCCACAUCAGCAUUCUAGCCAGCAACAAAUCUCACCAGCAGUACAACAGCAAGCGACGGAAACACAAACCUGAUGCUGCCUUGGAAGAGCUCUGCAGAUAGGGAAGGGUUAUAACUAUACCUGACUUGUUGACUGCCUGUCCCACAACUGCUACAGGUCUCCUUAUAGUUCUUCUGUUGGACACCUAGUUCCAAGACUUUUAUAGAAGAGGAGGAUGAAAUAUUUGUCCACAUGCGUUCUUGUUUUUUUUUUUUAAAAACUGCAGCUUUGCACAGGAAGAAUGAAGGACUUCUGCAAAUGCUGCUUGUAUGUUAACUUGUUAUGCACCAAGGACCUAAACAGGGGCUGUAGACUGAAUGUAAUGUGUCGGUGCCUGCCUGGGUGUUUAAAAACAAGGAAAAGAUUAAAAAAAAAAAUUGCAGUCCGCAAGAAUAGGAAUAUAAUUUGUGCAUGAAGAUUUUAAUAUUUUUUGCAUAUUUACUGUUUUAUGUAUAUACAGAUUAUACAAAUGAUAUUUGUUUAUAAACUUCUAAUGAAAAUUUAAGGUGCACUUUCUCACACUUAGGGAUGCCUGCAGGAUAGUUUCCAAGUUCACAGAAGCAGCUGGCUGUUGUGGCACAGUAUAAAAUGGUGCAGCUCAUCUCUACUGACUAAGGUCACCUUAAAACUGUUCAGCCUUUGAGCUGACCAGCAGUCAUUCAGAAAAUGUUGUCAUACCUUAAACACCAUUUUUCUACUCAGGUGAGAAGAAUGAGCCCAUAAUCCCUCAUUUAUUUCUGUGUUUCGUUAAAAAAAAAAAAAAAAA